AACCCAUAUGAACAAACUAAAAAAACCAGCGCCAUCCGCAGAUGCAGCGAAAACGUCUCGCGUUCGAAUUUGCACGCACUGCAGCAUAAAUAUUCAAACCAGCGCUGGGACAUGCAGUUGCACAAACGCCGAGCCAAGCAAAAAUAUGGCCAGUGAAUUAUGUCAUAAAUGUGAAAGUGUUUCGAGUUGCACUGCAGCGGCGGCCUCAGCAACAACAACACCAGCGGCGGUAGCAACAAAAACUGCACGCAUGUGAAAAAGGAGUGCGAAGUGUGUGGAAAAAAAUCAAUUGAGAGGAAAAUUGCAUUUUCGCUGCCGCGACCGAAACGAAAAUAAGUGAAAGAAGAAAAUAUAUAUAAAUAUUUAUAUAUAUAAAGUGCGUUCGGGGUGUUUGCGUGUGUGUGUGUGUGUGGAAGGAAAGGAGCAAGAAGCAGCAGCAGCAGAAAUAGCAAAAGGAGGCAGCAACAACAAGAAGCAAGAGAAAACCGCCAGCAACAACAACAACCAGCAGCAGCCCCCUAAUAAAGAGCAGAGCAAAAAUGAGUUCAAGUUGUGAAAGAAUAGAAUGGGUCGAAAUCAUCGAGCCUCGCACCAAGGAGCACAUGUACGCCAAUCUCACCACGGGCGAGUGUGUUUGGGAUCCACCAGAAGAUGUGGCAAUUAAGCGGACCGACUCAUCGCAGUGGUGGGAACUGUUUGAUACGAAUACCCAGCGGUUCUACUACUACAAUGCGGCCACGCAGAAGACCGUGUGGCACCGGCCGAGCAAGUGCGACAUCAUUCCGCUGGCCAAGCUGCAGACGCUCAAGCAGAACACCGAUCCCAGCGAGCGUCGCGAGCAGACCACGCCCCAAAAGCAGCAGCAGGUGCAGCAGCAACAGGUCCAACAUCCUCCCCAGCAGCAGCAGAUGCAGCAGCAACCCUCACCCAUGUCGGGGCCGAACAAGAAGGGACGUGGUCAGCAGAGGAUCAGCGGAGGCAAUGGCACGGUGGCCAGCUCCGAGGAGAAGCUAACCAGCAGCGAAGUGAUCUCUAGUCCACGUGGCCGCCAAAGCUUUCGCGUUGGCACGGGUGACUCAUCCCGCUCCAUGGAUAUGCAGCAGCAGCAUCCGCAGGGCUAUGCCUCCAGGCGUUCGCAAGAUUCCUGCAAUCAGUACAAGGAGUCGGGCAAGUCAAGCGACUCUAGUCUCUCCAGUGCGCAUGGCUACAGGCGCUUCAAUGACGGCAGCGUUCCGGGGUCACAGCAUCCGGAUAACCUUCGCCUGGGCUCCCUGCAGAAACAUCAGCGGGGAGGGGGCGGCGGGGGCAAGGAUAAUGGAGCUUUUGAGAUGCUCCAAGAGAGCACCAGUUCGCACAAUUUACCGCAUGGCAGCACCUCCACAUCCUCAUCCUACGCCGGUGGCAGUGGCUAUGGAGACAAGUAUUUCGAUCACCAGCUGCUGCCCAACCACCUGCAGGGCUACUCCUCCAAGUCGUCGGACAUCGCCUCGCCCACGCACUCCAUUCACACGCCCCAGUCGCAGAAGAAGAAGAUGUCUCCGGAUGCAGCGCCCAUUGGGCAGUACAACUACGCACAACAGCAGCACCAGCAAAGGAACGCACAACGGAGUGGCGGAGGAGGAGGUGGUGGCACCGGAGCCCCGGUGGGCAAGUCCUACGGAGGCGAUCGCGAAUACAAGGUGUCUCUGGCCCGCUCGGGCAGCUUCAUGUCCUCUUCCAUUAAUCCCGCCGCCGCCGGCCACCACAGCAAAUCCUACCGCAAGAGCAGCGCGGAAGCGGCGAACGGAGGAGCCGCCAGCGACGACUCCAUGCACGAGAAGUACUUCAAGUCGGUGGAGAACACGCCACUCUCGCGCCGCCGCCACACCACGAAUGCCACCAAGAGCGGAGGCGGACCGGGUGGAGGUGGGGCCAGUGGCAGCAAUACGGCCACCAGUACGGCGGGCAGCGGCAGCAGCAGCCACAAGAAGCACUCCAGCGACUCCAGUCCACAGAGCCCGAUCAGUCCGCAGACGAAGAGCUCGCGCCAGGCCAAGACGAGUGCCACCAGCGCUCUGCCUCAGCUCCAGCACUCACCGCGGCUGCAAGAGCCGAGCCACAGUCUGGAUUUGCUGAGCCUGGAGAGGAUUUCGUUGGGCAAAGCGGGGCCCAUCUCGCCGGGCGGUGGUACAGAGAACCUGGGCCUGCUGACGCACUCGUCGCGCGGAUCCAACGACUCCGCCCGCCAACGCCAGAAGUCCAACAACUCCACGGCGAAUCGUUCGCAGUCGCAUCAUUACCCCGGGCAGAGUUCUUUGCGGCACAGUGCCAGUUCCAGUCUUGACAAACGGGGCUACCAUGUGGGAGGAGGCAGUGGCGAUGGAAGAGGAGGGUCAGGCGGGGAGAAGAGACGCUCAAAGCAGCACCCGUACCAUCAGCAGGCUGACAACAGCGACGUGGAGUACGACAACGGAAACACAUCGCCCUUGUACACCAACUGGGACCAGGAGAUGCCCCACUUGCUGCCCCUCAAGCACUACAUCAUCGAGCAGGCAAAGUUGUCGGGUCGCUAUGAGUACCGAGGUGGCGAUGGCGCCGAUUCGGACUCCUACCACUCGGACAGCCAGUCGGAGCACUCGCUCUCGGGCCACGAGCCGGACAACGAGGACUCAGACGGGGGAUCGGACACGCAUGGCGGCUAUCUCGAGCAUAACUACGGCAUGAUCGACGACUACGCCAACAUGGGUGACAGCGUCUCUUACUACGCGUACAUGUAUCCGCCGCACGAUCCCGCCGGAAGGGAGGAUAUCUCCGAAAACGUGGAGGCUGUGCUAGAAGGAAUCGGAGUCAAUGCGACAGAACCCUCGGCUCCAACCGCCACCGUUCCCAAGCCGAAGCCCCGUUACCAGAUCUCAUACUACGACACCGUUUCGCACAGUCCCUCGACCGGCAGCGGCUACCACGGUCAGCAGCUUUACUCCAACACGCCGCCCUUUACCGGGCAUGGUCAUGGCCAUCACGUUCCACCGCCCUCGCUGCCCCACCAGCAGCAGCUGCACCUGGAACCGAGCGACGCCAAGCAGAAGCAGUCGCAAACCCUGCCCUCGCCCAACAGGCAGAUUUCGCGGCUAGCUGGCGCCGGUCACCAGGGGUCCGGACCAGCUGCAUCAUCCAAAGAAGAGACCGGCCAUGGCCACAGUCUCCUUGCUGGUCAACAGCAGGCCACGGCGGGCAGUGUAACACCAGCCAGUCCUUCGCGACCUGGUCACAAGAUGGCCCCUCCUUCGCUGAAGCCCACCAUCCAGCAGAUCUUUCCACCCAGCGAACGUGCCCCGGGAAUGGGAUUGGGCGGGCCAACGUUAGCCUGCAUGAAAGAAUGUGAUAUUGAGAAGUUUGCUGCCGACAAUCUGAAUCUGCACUCAAAGGGAAUCUUCCGGAAGAAGGCGUCUGUGCGUGACAUGCUCAGUUGGACAGCGGAAGCGAUCAGUCGGCCCAUGUUGGCGCUGUCCCGGGACAAGGCGGAUAAGAAGACAGCCAUCGAGCUGUUCAAGCUCGUGCAGAUCUACAUGGCAGAUCGUAAGGCGCGCAUAGGCAUGACAUUGAAUUCGGUGGCCAUAGAAAUUAUCGGAGCAUCCUUACCACAGCAGCAAUUACGAGAUGAGUUGUAUGUCCAGUUGUGUCGCCAGACGACGGAGAACCCCAAGCGAGACUCGCUCAUCCGGGGCUGGGAACUGAUGGCCAUCUGUCUGUCCUAUGUUCCCCCAUCGCCCACGUUUCAACCAACACUGCUAAAUUAUGUCAAUCGUCAUCGGGAUCCUUCAUUUGCCACGUGUUUCAUGGAGGUGAGCAAGUGGCCCAUCCAUGUGCAGAUCUCACACUACGCCACAGUGUGUUGUCGCCGAUUGGAUCGCAUUGGUAGCAGUGGACGACGAAUGGCCAAAAAGCCAACUGUGGAUGAGGUGGAGCAGGCGCGGCAACAAAUCCUGAGGAACAGCAUGUUUGGCAACACUCUUUCCGAGGUGAUGGAGCUGCAAAAAGAUAAGUUUCCGUUCCGCAAGCUGCCCUGGAUACAGACUACCCUUUCAGAGCAAGUUUUGCUACUCAAUGGAAAGCAGACUGAGGGAAUCUUUCGCGUUUCCGCGGAUGUGGAUGAGGUCAAUUGCAUGAAGAAUCGCCUGGAUCGGUGGGAUGUUCCUGAUAAAAACACAUUAGUUGAUGCACAUGCGCCAGCCAGUCUGCUCAAGCUGUGGUAUCGAGAACUGUACGACCCGCUCAUACCGGAUGCCUACUACGAGGAUUGUGUGAACACAGAGGAUCCCGACAAAGCCAAAGAAAUAGUUAAUAAGUUGCCCGAAAUAAAUCAGCUGGUUCUAACGUAUCUAAUACAUUUCCUGCAACAAUUCUCCAUAUCCGAGGUGGUGAGUUGCACCAAGAUGGACUCCUCGAAUCUGGCCAUGGUGUUUGCGCCCAACUGUCUGCGCUGCACAUCCGAGGACCCCAAGGUGAUUUUGGAGAACGCGCGCAAAGAGAUGUCCUUCAUGCGCACUCUCAUCCAGCACAUGGACACGACGCACGUGGCCAAUCUGGUCUAAUGGAUGGAUGGAUUGUUGGCCAAGCGCAAUUAGCAACUACCUACCUACCAACCUACCAAUAUGUAAACGUUAUUAACCUACCCUAACUUACUACCUACCAAAUCUAACUUAAACACUCAAUUUGUAUUUAUACAAAGGAUGUCGAUGAAGGACGAUUAAUCUUGACUCCUACUUUAACUUUAACUCGUUUUGCUACUCGAAUUUUCUUACUAACUGCUACCAAAAUUAAUUUUAUUUCGUAAUGUCUAGGAAGCUUGUUAAGAACAAUGGCAACAACAACCCCAACCCCAAAUACUCGAAGAUCUUGUAACUCGUAGUGCUUUUUCAAACCAAAAACAGCUGAAAGAUGAAUCCAAAACCGAAAGCUCAAUGUGUGCAUGCCUAGUUAUGUCUCAAAUUGUAGUCGAAUUAAUUUAUUUUGCAUUUUAACUGUUGUUUUUCUUUAAAUGGAAUUUAAAUCAAAGCAAGCAAGCAAAUACUCAAAGAAACUCUAAACUCUCAAACAGUGCGAAGCAAAGCAAACCUUGAACAACUUCAUGCGAAGCCUAUAAAUAGUUAUAAAGUAAAGCUAACGAUAAUUAAAUUAAACUCUAUAUAUUAUGAUGUAAACUGUAUGAAAAGGGAAGAUCAAGAGGAGAACCGAGAGAGAGAUAAGUGAAUCAAAUGCAAUAAGAGGUCAAUGAUGAAACUGCUUAUUAAUUACUUGCAGCCAACGUAGUGCUAUAUACAAAAUAUUUAUUCAUUUGCGUAAAUAAAAAAGAAUGAAAGUAAAACGAUAUACCAAUGUUCAAAUCCAACGCAAUUUCAUGGAGAACAAGUCAACUGAAAAUAUAUAUAAAUAUGUAUUGAAAGGCGCAACUUUCGAAGUGGAUCGAAUAAAGUUAUAAAUGUAAAACGGAA